UCUUUUGUGACAUUGUAUUUAUUUUGGUCUAAGAUUUUAAUUUUACAUAUACCAUUAAUCUAAAAAUGACUAACUAGUACUCUGUCCCUUUUUACUUGUCCACUUUUGAAUUGACACACCUAUUAUAAAAAUAAUUUAUGACGUAGUAAGUUUACCAUUUUACCCCUAUUAAUUAUAAAGUGGAUGAAAAGUUCUACACUUUUCAUAGUAAUUAGUCAUUUAAUUGUGGAUAUAAAAAAAUUAUUUUUUUAUUUGUCAAAAUAAACAGGUAAUUAGGAAUAACUAUAAAAGGAAAAGUGAACAAGUAAUUAGGAAUGGAGAUUUGUACUUAUCUCUUGUCUUUAAAAAAAUAAAAAUUCAAAAAAGAAAACUAAACUUUUAAAAACAACCAACUGCAUAUAUAACUUCCCCCAAUUAACAAUUAACACAUCACCAUUUUUUUGUCUUUAAAUUGACUAAGAAUAAACCGUUUUAAUUUUCUGGAUAACGAAAAAAAACAAAAACAAAAAGAAGACAUAAACAAACACAAAAAGACUGAAUUUUUUUUUUCAAAUUAAUAUAUACAAAGGUCCACUCUAUAUACUUCUCUUCUUCUUAGUUCAUAAAUAAUUAUCUCCAUAUCAUAAUUUAUUGCCUUUUCAUGUUAAUUUUUAUUGUAUAUAUAUUGUCAUUUUGUACUUUAAUUUGUCGUCAUGAUAAUAUGUUUUAGUCUUGAAUUAUCAUACAUUUCUUCUCAGCAUCUGCGCAUAGCGAAAGCUUAGUGCAUCAGACUGUCUUUUUUUCUCUAUAUAUAUGUUAAGCCAAUGUGUAUGAUUUUAAAAUUUUGGUAAUUCUUCUAAAAGUUGAAUUAUUUGAUCUUUUGUGAUUCCAAAUUCUUGGUUGAACGUAAUCAUACUUUUCUAGUUUUUACUUAUUCAUAUGUAAGAGCAAGAAAAUGAAACAUUUUAUUCUUGCAUCUCUAUAACAAGAAGCACAAAAAUGGACGAUUUUUAGUUCAUAGGCACGUCCAUUGCGUGUGAUCUUGUACUCGGAUAUGAAACUGAUGAAAAAAUCUUUUACUUUGUUCGAGUAUUUAUAGUUCUCCAGAUUUCUGGCAAAAGGUUGCAUAGAUGGUGCAUUCAGUCGAAGACAAAAGCAAUGUGGUUCAACUGCCAGAAGGAGUAACGCCAUUUAUUCAUAUUACUCAAAAUGUAUUUUUAAGACGAAAACAUAAGAAACUGAAAGAAGAUGAUAUUGCUAUUUGUCAAUGCAAGUAUGAUACUAGCGAUCCUAAAAGUGCGUGUGUAGAUAGAUGUUUGAAUGUACUAACCAACACUGAAUGUACACCGGGAUACUGUCAGUGUGGUGAUAGUUGCAAUAAUCAGAUGUUCCAGCAACGUGAAUAUGCAAAAACUAAGUUGUUCAGGACUAACGAACGUGGUUGGGGUCUUUUCGCUGAUGAGAAUAUAAAGGCAGGACAGUUCAUCAUUGAGUACUGCGGAGAAGUGAUAUCUUCUGAAGCAGCAAAAAAACGAUCUUAUGUUUAUGAAGCUCAUGAGGUCAAGGACACGUACAUGAUUACUCUAGAUACUAAUUAUGUCAUUGACUCAACGCGAAAGGGAAAUUUUUCAAGAUUCUUAAAUCAUUCAUGUCGACCAAAUUGUGAAACGAGGAAAUGGACUGUGUUAGGGGAAACAAGAUUAGGAAUAUUUGCGAUGAAGGAUAUAUCUGUUGGAAAGGAGUUGACAAUUAAUUAUUAUUUUGAGUGGUACGCGGGUGCAACUGUUCGUUGUCUGUGUGGAGCUGCAAACUGUUGUAUUUUUUUGGGUGCCAAGUCUCAACGAUUCAAAGAAUACAAUCAUGUCUGGAAAGACGGGAAUGACAGAUAUAAGGUGAAACAAAGUAAUAUGUCACAUAAGACUUAUAAUAUUGGAUCUGGUUCAACAACGAAGAUGAAGUCUCAACGUAUUCCCAAGUGGAAGAAGUUACGGAACAUAUACCCAAACGAAAGCUCAAAAAUCUUCUAGUCGUUAAGCAAGUCAUCAAAGGAAGCACGAGAAGAAGUUACCAAGUACGAGGGGAUAUGAAAACAAACUCACUCUGAAGCUCAACUCUGCAUAUGAAGAAACUCGCCCUACCAUUGAAGAGCAUGGGUACUGUGCCCACCAAUGAAUCAAAUCAAACUGCUAUAACUUGAAAAUAAUAUAAUUUUAUAAUAAAAACUCAUCUUACUAUUACAGUAAUAAUAAUGCUAGUUACUAUGCGUCAA